AACAAAAUAACAGAUAAGGCUGCUAACUGGUAGUCCUCCUCCAGUAUAUGUCGGCAGCGGAUCCCUUGGUAGUGGCCCAUGUUAUACAGGAUGUGUUGGAUCCAUUUACGUCAACUGUUCCACUCAGAAUAGCCUACAACAAUAGGCUAGUUCUCGCAGGUGCUGAGCUAAGGCCAUCUGCAGUUGUAAGCAAGCCGCGAGUUGAUAUCGGCGGCAAUGACAUGAGAGUUCUCUACACUCUGAUACUAGUGGAUCCAGACGCCCCAAGCCCAAGUCAUCCGUCACUAAGGGAGUACUUGCACUGGAUGGUCACAGACAUCCCUGGAACAACUGGUGUCAACUUUGGCCAAGAGCUCGUGGUUUAUGAAAGACCAGAACCAAGAUCAGGUAUACACAGGAUGGUAUUUGUGCUGCUCCAGCAACUAGGUAGGGGGACAGUUUUUACACCAGGCAUGCGACUGAACUUCAGUUGCAGGAACUUUGCACGCCAGUACCACCUCAACAUUGUGGCUGCCUCAUAUUUCAACUGUCAAAGGGAAGGUGGAUCAGGAGGAAGAAGGUUUAGGCCAGACAGUUCUGAAGGGGAGUAGAGGCUGGGUACUACAGAGUACAGGCAAUUGUAUCCCGUAUGGUAGUGCUGUAUCACAAAUAACGUGCACUAUAUGCCCUGUAUCAUCUAUAUGUGCAGCAUCAUAUGCACAUUCAGUUAUGAUGAGCUUGAUGGGAUAUAUCUCAGUUAUCAGUUAAUCAUCUGAUCAUGUAAAGUA